GAUUCCUCGACUACGAUCCAGCAUCUUUUCUACUUCCCUACAUCCUCCCCUCCUCGAGCGCAUGAUACCGACGCAAUAGCCUGAGCCUCGCCAUCUGCCACUUCUCCACCUCGACCAACGACCUCUCCGAUCCUCGAGCUUCCUGCUAACUUCACGAUGCCACCAGCUUUGACAUCCUCGCAAAAGGCCGCGGUCACCGAGUUCACCAGCGUCACACAAGCGGAUAAGAGCACGGCUGCGAAGAUUCUCAAACAGCACAAUUGGAAUGUUGGUGCGGCUGCAAAUGCAUACUUCAACAACCCCUCCGGCGGCGCCAACCCGCUCAAAGCACCCCUCAACAAGCUCUUCGACAAGUACCGCGAUGACCCACGCAACUCACCCGAUGAGAUCAACAUCGAAGGCACCGGUAAACUCCUCGGCGAUCUCGACAUUGACCUCUCGGAUGUCAGCGCCUUCAUCUUCUCCGAAAUCGUCCAAUCCCCAUCUCUAGGCCUCAUCACACGAGAAGGAUUCGUAGACGGAUGGAGCGAAGCAGGCACAGACAAGCUCCCACAAAUGCGCAACAUCGUACUGCAACGACGGUCGGAGCUCCCCACAGAUAAGGAGAUGUUCAAGAAUGUCUACAACCACACGUUCGUGCUCGCGCUGCAGGAGAAGCAGAAGGGUCUGCCCAUGGAGAUUGCGAUGGAGUUCUGGCGUGUCCUCCUCACAGCUCCGUCAUUCGACUGGCGGACGGACUCGACGCCGUGGCUCGAGUGGUGGUUUGAGUUCUACGAGGCGAAGGUCAAGAAGGCGGUGAACAAGGAUUUGUGGAAGCAGACGCUCACGUUUGCGUACGAGACGAAGAAGGACGAUUCGCUGAGCUUCUGGAGUGAGGAAUCGAGUUGGCCGAGUGUGAUUGAUGAGUUUGUCGAGUGGGUCAAGGCGGAGAAGAGGGCUGCUGGUGCUGGUGGUGCGGAUGCGAUGGAGAUUUCAUGA